AUGCUUUGAGCCAUGGGGAUGAGUGACAGGGGGGGCGAACAGCCGUCUGUCUGUCCUUUACUUGUAAACACUCUUCUAGUGGCAUGUGGAGACAUUAGAUCGCUAUGUGAAAUCUUGUUUGUUAUUUAUUGACAGUCUUAAAUUAAGAUAAAUGACAUAGAAAUGCAGGGAUCAUGUAUUGACAGCCCUGAUUAAGAGCUGACGUUGCCUAACUUCAAAGCUACGCAUAGAUGCUAGACAUGCUUCUUAUAAAACGAUUAUAGGAGAUUUUAUAUUAAUAAUAAUGCCACUUAUUCACUGGUAACAUUCAAAGACAGUGUCAAAUGGUUAAAAUAAACAACAGUAUUUGAGUAAGUGUAGGGCUAGCUACCUUCUUCCGUGGUGGGGACGGAUGGAACUAGGUUCUCAGAGAGCGUGUUGCACUCCGGACUGAUUCAGGGUGGGACACCUUUAGGAUAUAAUCGCUGAGAAGAAGUGAAACUACCAAACACCAAAUAAUCGACCCCGAAAAAGGAUUUAAGAUUAGACCAUUAAAUCACUGCUCACGAUGAAUUCCAGUACGACUGUGUUAUUGGAAACGGUCAAUUUCGCGGCAGAAAAGCACCGCAGUCAACGGCGUAAAGAUGUAGAAGGAACCCCUUAUAUCAACCAUCCCAUAGGAGUUGCAAGAAUCCUCAGUCAUGAAGGUGGCAUUGUUGACAUUGAGGUGUUGCAAGCAGCUCUUCUCCAUGAUACUGUUGAAGACACAGACACCAGCAUAGCAGAACUAGAGUUAACCUUUGGACCAACCGUGGCGCGCAUUGUCCAAGAAGUGACCGAUGACAAGACCCUCCCCAAACAGGAGAGGAAACGUCUCCAAGUAGAGCACGCACCCCACUGCAGUCAACAGGCCAAACUGGUCAAACUUGCUGACAAACUUUACAACUUGAGGGACCUUAAUCGCUGCACACCUACAGGUUGGACUGCAGAGCGAGUCCAGGAAUACUUUGUCUGGGGGUCUCUGGUGAUAAGAGGACUGAAAGGCACCCAUCCAGCCCUUGAAGAGAAGCUUGAAGCGCUGUUUAAGCAGAGGGGAAUUCAGCUUUGAAAAAUAUCCCUAUUUGAACAUUUCUCCAAAAAAAUGCUGUCUGCACACAGUAAUAUCAAAAGAAUAAACCUUCUAUCCAUAUAUAUGUAAUUCUUUUGUGGAAUAAAAUUAUUUCUUGUUUCACAUUAAACACGGUGUAAAUAAGAAUGAUAAAAUCCAUAAUGAGAACUGUAUACACCCACUGAAACAAAAGAUUAAACAUUUUAACAAUAAAUAUGCAAUUAUAUUGUGGAAUUAAAUAAUCUCUUGUUUCACAUCAAACACGGUGUAAAUACAAAUGAUGCCACCAUAAUAAAGGCUUUAUACAAACUCUGAAUCAUUCAUGA